ACACCGUCUCAAAACAUAUAGUGGAGAGCAGCUGAGGAAGACACCCAGGAUCAACCUCUGAUCUUCACACUCCUGCACACACCCUUAUUUUGGGUGAUGAAAACUGACAGCAAAUCUAUUUUUAUUAGUUGUUUUUAAACGGGAUGAAAUGGCCUUUUAAUUUCUUACUGAGUUUAACGGUCUGGUUACUUUGAUUCCCAUCUCACUUAGAUCAACAACACAGCAAUAUUUUUUAACCAUUCUUACUCCUCUGGAAUAACAAAACAAGUUGUUCCUGUGUUUCUGCCUGCUGCCAACCAAGCCUCCUCUCCCUUGUGUGCAGAGAUGCAGCUGUUCAUUCUCCUGUUGCUGGUCUCCACUCCAGGGUCUUGGGCUCAAAAUGUGAGGCGCCAGAGUGACACCUGGGGCGCCUGGGGCGAGUGGAGCCCCUGCAGCCGGACCUGUGGAGGAGGCAUAAGUUUCCGGGAGCGCCCCUGCUACUCCCAGAGGAGAGAUGGAGGCGCCAACUGCGUGGGCCCUGCGCGCAGCCACCGCACCUGCCACACCGAGAACUGCCCAGAUGGCGUGCGGGACUUCCGGGCCGAGCAGUGCGCAGAGUUCGAUGGCACCGAUUUCCAGGGCCGGCGCUACCGGUGGCUGCCCUACUAUGCGGCCCCAAACAAGUGUGAACUGAACUGCAUUCCCAAGGGGGAGAACUUCUACUAUAAACACAGGGAGACCGUGGUGGACGGGACACUCUGCGAGCCUGGCAAGCGGGACAUCUGUGUGGAUGGCAUCUGCCGAGUUGUUGGCUGUGAUCAUAAGUUAGACUCCACCAAGGAGGAGGACAAGUGUCUGCAGUGUGGGGGUGACGGCUCAGCCUGCUACCCUGUCACAGGAACCUUUGAUGCCAACGAUCUCAGCAGAGGCUACAACCAAAUCUUCAUCAUUCCUGCUGGGGCCACCAGUAUUCGCAUUGCAGAAGCUGCAGCUAGCAGGAAUUUCCUGGCCGUGAAGAGCGUCCGUGGAGAGUACUAUCUCAAUGGGCACUGGACCAUUGAGGCAUCCCAGGCUCUGCCGGUGGCCAGCACGGUCCUACAGUACGAACGGGGUAUGGAGGGGGACCUAGCCCCUGAGCAGCUCCAUGCACGGGGCCCCACCUCAGAGCCCCUGGUCAUCGAGCUCAUCAGCCAGGAGCCCAACCCCGGUGUGCACUACGAGUACUACCUGCCAUUGAAUGACCCCAGCCAAGGCUUCAGCUGGAGCCAUGGCUCCUGGAGUGACUGCAGCGCUGAGUGUGGGGGAGGCCACCAGUCUCGCCUGGUAUUCUGCACCUUUGACAAUGAGGCCUACCCAGACCACAUGUGCCAACACCAGCCUCGGCCAGCACACCGACGUUCCUGCAAUCCUCAUCCUUGCCCAAAGUCCAAGCGGAUCUCUUUCCUGCACCGGCCGGGAGCGUGGCACCAUUCUGGGGCCCAGCAUGUGUGUGGGAACAGUUGGAAGGUAGGACCGUGGACACCCUGCUCAGUCUCCUGUGGGGGUGGAUUCCAGUCUCGUCCUGUCUACUGCAUAUCCUCAGAUGGGGCUGGUGGCCAGGAAGCUACUGAAGAAUCCCAGUGUGCUGGUUUACCUGGGAAGCCCCCUGCCAGACAGGCUUGUAACCUGCAGCGCUGUGCAGCCUGGAGCGUGGAGCCCUGGGGAGAGUGUUCUGUUACCUGUGGAGCUGGCAUCAGGAAGAGGAGUGUCACCUGCCAGGGAGCUGAGGAGCCCCUGGUCCAUGCCACAGCAUGCUCCUUGAAGGACCGGCCAGCCUCCACUGAGCCCUGCGUGCAAGAGGCUUGCCCCAUGCUCCAUGGCCAGGCCUGGCAUGUGGGGGCCUGGAGUCUAUGCUCCAAAAGCUGUGGUGUGGGUACUCGGAGGCGACGUGUUACCUGUGCCAUUGGGCCGCCUGGUCACUGUGGGGACCUGCAGUCAUCCAAGCCCGCUGACGUGGAACCCUGCAGCAGACAGCCUUGCCAUCUUCCUCAGGAGGUCCCCAGCAUACAGGACUCACGGACCCACCCUUCAGGCCCCAGGAUGCCUUUAGGCCCUCACGUGUCCCCAGUCUCAGAUGCUAGAGACCAGCAAUGGGCUGCCCAGGAGCUAUCCAGGGUCCAGAGUAACCCCAGGGAGAGCCAGGAUCCCCACGCCUCAGCUGCAGGCCGGGCCCCCACUCUGCAACAUCCUCCACAUCGGGCACCCCUGAGGCCUAGCUCAGGGCCCCGAGACUGCAGAUACAACCCCCAUGGAUGCUGCCCUGAUGGCCACACACCAUCUCUUGGGCCGCAGUGGCAAGGCUGUCCCCCGGCUGGGGCCUUGUGUCUUCAGAGCAGGUACGGAUGCUGUCCUGAUGGGGUGUCUGCAGCUGAGGGGCCCCGGCAGGCUGGCUGCCCCAGGUCUCAUGGCAGUGACAAUACUGGGAACAGGCCAGGGUCCAGGGCAGUGGCUUCUAAGGUCCCCAAGAUCCACCUACCCCAGGCCCAUCAGAGCGAACCCAGCGACUGUCGUGGCUCCCAGUUUGGCUGUUGCUAUGACAAUGUGGCUUCUGCAGCUGGUCCCCUGGGGGAAGGCUGUGUGGGCCAGCCCAGUUAUGCCUACCCUGUGAGGUGCCUGCUGCCCAGUGCUCCUGGGUCGUGUGGAGACUGGGCUGCCCACUGGUACUUUGUGGCAUCUGUGGGCCGGUGUAAUCGCUUUUGGUAUGGUGGCUGCCAUGGCAAUGCCAAUAACUUUGCAUCGGAGCAGGAGUGCAUGAACAGUUGCCGGGGACACCAUGGGCCUCAUCAUCCUGAGGCAGGAGCCUCUGGCCAUCGUGUCCACAUGGAUGGUGGCCAGAGUGGUCCUGGAGGCCAGCAGGAACCUGACUGGCACAGGGCAAGAGCCACAGUCCCGAGACUGCCCACACCGGGAAGCCCUUGGCGAAGAGAACCAGAGCUAGGGCCGGAGGAGGUACCCCAUCCCCCAGCCUAUGGAAAACGACCUGGAGAUCAGGAACCCCGGUCCAGAGUCCAUGGACUGAGUAGAGAUGCUAGACCACCAGUGCCGCCCACACAUGGCUCCUCCUACAGGAUCAACUUGGCAGGCUCGGAACCCUCCCUGGUCCAAGCAGCCAUUGGGCAGGCGGUACAGCUCUUUUGCCUUGGCAACACCUCCCCGGAGUUCCAGGCAGGGUGGCAGAAAGAUGGCCUGACCAUCUCCUCUGACAGGUACCAGCUACAGUCAGAUGGCUCCCUCAUCAUCAGCCCCUUGAGGCCAGAAGAUGCUGGCGACUAUAGCUGUGGCAGCCACAGGCCAGGCCACGAGCCCCAGAAAAUCCAGCUUCGAGUCACAGGGGGUGACAUGGCAGUGUUGUCUGAGGCCCAGCCGAGGCCGUUCCCUCAGACCAGGCACCCAGACCCUGGCCAUGGUCCUCGGGACUCUGGAAUAGGAGCAGAAGCUGGGGGCCAAGGGGUUAUCUCUUCCCCACAUGCCAGGCCUGCCAGCAGGCUGCGUUUGGACCGGACUCAGCCUGGGGUGGUGGAUGCCAGUCCUGGCCAGCGGAUCCGGCUGACCUGCCAUGCUGAAGGCUUCCCGCCCCCCACCAUCGAGUGGCAAAGAGAUGGGCAGCUGGUCUCUUCUCCCAGGCACCAGCUGCAGCCUGAUGGCUCUCUGGUCAUCAGCCGAGUGGCUGUGGAAGACGGUGGCUUCUACACUUGUGUUGCUUUUAAUGGGCAGGACCGUGACCAGCGCUGGGUCCAGCUCCGAGUUCUGGGGGAGCUAACAAUCACAGGCCUGCCUCCUUCUAUGACAGUGCCAGAGGGUGACACAGCCAGGCUUCUGUGUGUGGUGGCUGGAGAAAGUGUGACCAUUAGGUGGUCCAGGAAUGGACUCCCAGUACAGGCAGAUGGCCACCGUGUGCACCAGUCCCCAGAUGGCACACUGCUGAUCCACAACUUACGGCCCAGGGAUGAGGGAUCUUACACGUGCAGUGCCUACCGUGGGAGCCAGGCUGUGAGCCGCAGCACUGAGGUGAAGGUGGCCCUACCAGCACCAGCCGCUCAGUCCAGGGACCUGGGCAGGGAGUGCAUCGACCAGCCGGAGCUGGCCAACUGUGCCUUGAUCCUGAAGGCCCAGCUCUGUGACAAUGAAUAUUACUCCAGCUUCUGCUGUGCCAGCUGUUCCCGCUUCCAGCCAAAUGCUCAGCCUGCCUGGCAGCAGGGGUGAAGGCUAGCUGUGAUGCCCAUUCCGGAUAGUUUUCUGGGGAGAAGGGAUGGUAAGACAUGGCUUGCAGAAUGAGUCACUUUUCAGAUACUGGCCCUCUGGGAGAUCCAGGGUUAAGCCCCAGCAGCUGCUAGCCUCCCCCUGAAGUGCUCAGCAGGGUCUGUCUAAUGUGACCUCAGACUGCAGUCAAGAGGAAUCGCCUAUACAGAACUGUUUCUUCACACCUUCUCUAUAAUCUCUGCUGCCUUGAGGAUCCUUUAUCUGAGAUGCUUGGGACCAAAGUGUUUUAAACGUUGAACUAUUUGCAGACUUUACUAAUUGAGCAUCCCUAAUCUAACCAUCUGAAAUGAUCUGAAGCUUAGAACACCCACAUGCCAUGUCAGCCUUCAAAAAUGUCUGAAUGUUUGAUUUUGAGUGAGGGAUGCUCAAUCUGUAGAGGGGAUCCACUCGGCACACCGAAGAGCAGGCUGGGUGGGGAGGUUUGUGACAUGGGGGGAGUGGCACUUGCUCAGUCACAAGUGUUCUGUGCUAGAACCCAAAGCCACCGGGUCAGAUGGUGAGCUCACAUUCAGGCCUUUUCUUCCUCUCCCCAGGCAGUGGCCCAGCUGGCUUCAAUGCCAUCACUGUAUGGAGCUCACAGUGAUGUUUGGGAAGUUUUCAGCAAGGCAGAGCACAAGCAUUGGGGCCUCUAGAUAGGGAUGUGAGAUGAAGAAGCCAGAUAGCACUGUACUCUGAGUGUGGAACAACUGGGAAAGAACUAUACUGCAUCCGGGCGGUGGUGGCACACGCCUUUAAUCCCAGCACUCGGGAGGCAGAGGCAGGCGGAUCUCUGAGUUCCAGGCCAGCCUGGUCUCCAGAGCGAGUGCCAGAAUAGGCUCCUAAGCUACACAGAGAAACCCUGUCUCGAAAAAACCAAACCAAACCAAACAAACAAACAAACAAACAAAAAAAAAAACAAAAAAAGAACUACACUGCAGAGAUAGGUCUCAAAGCCCUCCUGGGGUGGUCCCACAAAGUAGGCUGGGAAGGUUCAUGUGCUUCUUCCUUUACACAGCUCACUGGCCUGCUCUGAGCAGCAGAGAGGAGCCAUGCUUCCUUAAGUGGGAAUCUGUAGAUCAGAGUAUCUGUUGCUAGAGAAAAGUCAGAGCUAUGCUAAAACAGCAGCUGGUGGUGAAGCACUCACUGUUAAGCAUGAUGACCUGAGUGUGUGCCCUAGAACCCACACAUAGUGGAAGGCAGAAUGGACUCAGGCAAGUUGUCCUCUGACCACCACCACCCCACACACACACACACACACACACACACACACACACCACAUAAACCUGGGAAUGGUCAGCCAGCCUGGGCCAUAGAGUGAAACCCUGUCUCAAAGUAAACAACCCCAAACUCACCAAACCCAAUUAGCAGGAUGGGGGAUGUGAUGUCACCGUUGGGGAAGUGGUUUUAGUAGUCUGAGAUGCAGGAAGGGAUCCCUCAUCUUUCAGAACCUCUGAAUUCUUAAUAAUGAAAAAGCCUGCACUUAGUGAGCUUCCAGGCUUCCCCACUUUAACUCCUGCAGCAAUCCUACAACCCUGCCUACAUCAAAGGUUACCAUGGGACCAAAGGUGACAUCAGCUAGAAAACAAAGCUUCAUGUGUAAGUGGUGUCUUGGGCCAUCUUGCUCAAAAAGGAAAGAAGCAGAGCCUCUUUGAGAGCUGAGAAACAUCUGGGUGACAGCUGUUUGCAGGAACAAGUAGGGGGCUGAGAGGUGAGGGGUAAACUAGACUUAGGGUUACUUAGCCUGCUAUACAGAGCAAAACAAACCACCAAAGACAAACUCCUGAAGACGUAAAGCACAACUUAAUAUACUCCCCACUGAAUUUGAUUUAACUGGCCUGAUGAAUAGGUGUUUUGUGUAUGUGUGUGCACUGGGGAAUCUCAGGCAUGCUGAGCACACUGGGCUACACCUCAGGGAAUUCCAAUAUACAGCUAAGGCUGAGAAGCAGUGCUGUCAGGCAGUGGCGGUGCACUCCUUUAAUCCUAGCACUUAGAGGUAAGCAGAUCUCUGUGAGUUCGAAGCCAGCCAGGGCUACAUAGUGAGACCUGUUUCUAUACAUACAGCAUUGUGACGCCACCUCUGGGGCUGAGUCCCGGCUUCGAGGUGUAGUCCAUGCUGUUGCUGCAGAUUAAACUUUGUGAGUAAAUAGAAUCACAGAUGCACUCAUGUUGGCAGUAGAGAAUUAAAUAAAACAACACAAAACUAUAAACUCAUUUGCAAAUAAUAGCCCUUCACGGGCAAAAGCUUCUACCAUGAACAUUUAUUUUUGUUAAAGCAGAUUAUAAAUUUUCAUCAGUACAAAUAUAUAUAUGUAUAUAUAACUUACAUUUGAUUGUAAGGCCAACGUUCAGAAGUGGAAAUGAGAUGGGGUCUCACGUUGUUACCCGAGGUCAAGUAGCUGCAACUGGCAUGGGAUGUUCUGUUUAUGGCGGGGAGGAAGGGAAAACGGACACACAGGGCAGAUAAAUCCAGAAUCCUCAUCCCUAUAAAACUUAUGGGAACAAAAUUUCAAGGACAAAACCCAUUAAGACCCACACUAUAAACCAACACAAUAGCCUGUGUUCCCUUUUCUGGAUAUGAUUAUGUCAUUGUCACCUUAAUGAUAAAGGAUUAACAUAAAAGGAAAUUGCAAUGAUACAUAAAAUACACAUUCUAUAUGGUGUAGAUUGAUUCCAUUAAAAUAAUGACAUUAGAGUUUCACCAUAGGUUUAAAACAAGGACAACACUGCUUUCAUUUUAUUUAAAACUACAACCUAGUGACUGUACUGGUCUUCAGUAUGAUUGUUGUUGCAAUGUGCUAGUUACAAUGAAUGAUCACAAACAAGCCAGGGCUCCUGCCUACAAUUCCCAACCCUCCCUCUUUACUUCAAUAGGCAUCAAUGAUAAAUCAAUCUUAUGUACAAUUUCUUACAACUAACCUGCUCACUUUUGGCAAGAUUACUUACAACUCAUACAACUUUUUAAUAUUGAGAACUAUUUAAAAUAUUCUAGGUGCAUAAAAAUAAAGAUUUUGGCUUUUUUGAUAUAUAUAUAUAUAUAUAUAUAUAUUUAUAAUAUUUAUUCUGUUACUCAAAAUGGAAGCUCAGCUUUAUCGGCAGAACACAGCUCUGCUGGGCAGCUGCUGCUGAGCUCUCCUGUGAACCCGGAACAUGGCCUGCCUUACUUCCUAGCCUGCACAAGCCACACUGUUCUCCAUCAAGCUCUCCAUCAAGGCAGUACUAGGAGGAAUGGGCGCCUGGCCUGAAAAGUGAAGGGAGAUUGUUUUGCUUACUGUUGUGUUUUAUAUUCCAGUAAAUGUGCUUUGAAUACA